AUGCGCUUCUCAACUACUGUAGGCCUUCUUGUAGGCCAGGCGAUAUCUGCCGCCGCCACCGGCAUCCUACUUCCCCUUUACGUCUAUCCUUCCCAAGAUGCUGGCGAUGGCGCUGUCAACUGGAAUCCUGUGUUUGAAUUUAUAUCAUCAAAUGCCAACAUCCCAUGGUUGGCCGUUGUCGAUCCGUUGAACGGUCCCGGCGCUUCUGGCAAGCCCGGCAACGACGACGUCAACUACAUUGACGGCACAUCCAAGCUCAACAGCUACUCCAACGUCAAGACCAUUGGUUACGUUCGUACCAACUAUGGUCAGGCGCCUCUCGAUGAGCUCAAGGCCAACAUCACUACCUGGAGCAACUGGGGAACAUACGCUACUGCUGAUGUUGGCGUGGACGGCAUCUUCUUUGAUGAGAGCAGCGCCAACUUUGACUACCUCAAUGAGGCCAUCACCUUUGCUCGUAAUGCCUUCAGCAACAGUAUUACGACGAUUUGCAACUUUGGUAGCAGGGCAGAGGCCGAGUACUACAGUAUCUGCGAUGUCGUCAUCGCCUUUGAAAGCUGCCUCAACUGCGCCGAUGGCCCGCCAUACGAGAGCCAGAAGACUUUGAGCAACAGCAUUCCCGCUGGUUACGAGUCAAAGGCCGCCGUCAUAUUGAAUAGGUUCACUGGGACGUCUGUGGAUGGCAAAGAGGCCAACCGAGGACUGAUCAAUGAGUAUGUGGAAACCAUGAAGGAGAGUGGUCUUGGCUGGUACUACCUCACAUCGGCUGAUUACAAUACUAUUGAUGUUGAACCGGCAACUGUGGGAGCCAAUGUGGAUGCACUGGUUGCUUGA